AGAAAACCUACAGAAAUGCCAUUUCUUGGCACAUUUUCAGAUUUUAGAGCGCCCUCUGUUGUACCGGAAGAAAGAAAAUCGGCUUCGCCAGGCUCUUCGUCACGUGCCACGCUCUCCCCGGAGAGCACUUCCGGUGGUGUUUCCUGUGUUUGUAAACUGGGAGAAAAAAAAAUUAGGAACUCCGAGCAGAAAUAUUACUCGCACAGAAACGGAAGGGGGCUGAACAGGACGGCCGGAUCCCAAAUACAUCUCUACUGGAUUUAUAGGGCACUACACAGCCCAAGUGCGACGCGCUUUCUCUCUCCCCCCAACACACGCACACACAUCACUGCGAUGUCACAGCUUUCCAACAAUCCAGUCCGAGACCACAUGAAAUGGGCUGGGUUGCUGGGCUGUGAGGCUGUGCUGUCCAGCAUGGCUCUGAUGCAGGCCACUUCUCCACCCAGCCAUAAAAAGAUGACGUCUCCACUGAGCCAGAACCACAACCACAGUCACAACCAGGAAGCCCACGGUCACCACAGUCACAUGGUGCUGCCGUCUGGAGUCAGCUGCUCACCCAUGCUCAUUAAUAAGGACAGAGAGUUCCACUCAUCCCGGCUGCUGGAGGAGAAGGACAUGCGGUCGAGCCAGAGCGUGCAGUCAAAGAAGAAACACAGGAAGUCAGGAACACCGGCCAAAGUGAGAGAAAAAGUGCAGGUGGAGAUGCCUGAGCCAAGUGAUGACGGUUCUCUGAAUUCCCAUGUGCAGAAGAACUUCAUCUGUGAGCACUGUUACGGCGCGUUCCGCAGUAGUUACCACCUCAAACGACAUAUCCUCACUCACACAGGUGAGAAGCCGUUCGGGUGUGAUAUGUGCGACAUGCGGUUUAUUCAGCGCUACCACCUGGAGAGACACAAACGUGUGCACAGUGGAGAGAAGCCUUAUCAGUGUGACCGCUGUCAGCAGAACUUCUCCAGAACAGACCGCCUCUUGCGGCACCGGCGCAUGUGUGUCGUCGGCAUCCCUAAGGAGGAGAACAUGUCAUGCUGUGAGGAACGAUCCUAUUCACAGGAACCUGCGCAGCAGACGUGGAGCCCCCUACAGGCCAACAACAGCAGCAGCCGGCUUGCAGUGUGACGGUUUUCCGAAGCCUCCUUUCAGCUCGGUGAGAGCAGGGUGGACUCAGCACAGCCACUCGGGGACACGUUACUGUAUCAGACUGAUCCUGGAGACUCUGGGGGAAGGGGUGGGAGGAGUCUCGAGCUCCACUUCUAUUUUUUGAGCGGAUUUGACUUGACUUGGAUGGGUUUUUUGUAGUAUUUUCUAUAGAUGCUAUCAGCCCUUGGGAGGAUUGGCGUAGUUUUUUUUAUACUGCACAGGCAAUAAUGAGUAAUGUAGAGGACCAAGGAGUGGGUUAAUCCCUAUGUUUAAUAACAACCAUGGAUGGAGAUUGGUUUACACACAUAAGACGGUUUAAUGUGUUACACAGUCACAGAAAAUUGUGAGCAGCUCUUCAGCCGUUGUCACACGUGGCCUUUUGAUUUCUCCACCAUUCAUCAGUAGUGUCAGGACAACCUGGAAUUAGUGAAGGAGGUGCUAAACUGCAUGACCCUACAUUCAUACUAGCAAGAAACAAGUCACUCGUGUUGCUUGUAGUUUGUCUCUAAUGGCCACUACGGUUGUUGCAUGUGGGCGUACACCAGAGCUUCCCAAACUACACGUCACUUGAUUUACAAACAUGGGUCGUGAGAGAUACUCACAAUAUUUUAUGAAUUAAUAUUAGAAACAUCAACGAUUUAUUCUGUGCGCUAAUAUUACGGAAAGCCACAUUUAAAUGAAUAACGUACUUGUUAUUUUAGUCUUUUUCAUCACGCUGACACGCUGCUUUGUCGUAGUUCAGCAAAAACAAAAAAAGGACAAAUUUCCCUGUUGGUCUAUCUUCGCUAAACAAACUGUGUUUAAUUUUAUAUACUUAUGUACUAUUUUAGACUGUUAUUGAGUACUAACACUAACCGGGUUCCCUGUUACAGUUAGCGUUUGAAUUUUAAAAACUACUCAAAACCUCAAACCUACUGAAAGGUCUGUUUGCAUACCAGCCUUCUGGAUUUUCUAGAUGUAUGUAAGGUCAGAGGUUUCGAUUUGCGAUGCAGACCAUGACAACAAUCACGACAACGGGAGAAAGUUUUAAGAGAGACCGAGCUCAUCAAUGUGUUCAACGUUGCUCUGCAUGAAAUCGCGAAACAUUUUAAAGUUCGGGAAGUAUAAACCAGGUUCCUCUGCUAGACAUCUGACUGUAUAUUGUGUAUCUGGAAUAAAAAUUAAAAAAUGUAGGAUGGUUAAAGCUUUGGAGUUGCAGAAAAUUCAUAAUGUCCACUCGAGGUCAUUUUGCCCAAAACGUUUGGGAGCUCUUGGCGUACACUGUCCGGCGUUUUCUUAUUUCCAGUGAGGAACCCGUACUAGCCAAAAUUGAACUAAUUGUAAAGCUCACUAGUUAAACACAAAUUAAAUAAAUCACUAAUCAGUGUGAAAAUUGGUUGUUUGAUUUACAUGUUAAAUGCUAGACUUCAUACCAGCCUUGCUGAAAGAUUAGUAAAGCAAGCAUUUGUUAUAACAGAAUAAGAUGAAACCACGGUUAUAAGCGUUUCUUCCACUUUCCUGCAUCAAACAAUAAAUUAAAAAAACGUCGGACCACAGUCGGGGAAUCAAUCGAGCCAGUCGGUUGCAUUUGUUGCUUGUCACUGGCCACUGUCGCUCAAAUCAAGGCUCCUGGACAAGUCGUGGUACAUAAUAAUUAGUGGUCUGUUGCUUUGUCGCUUGCUAGUGUAAACACAACAAUUAAAAUCUUUUUCCCAAUAACUCCAUUUUAUUUCAAGACAUUUUGGGAAUGUUAGGCUCUUAAGGGUGUAGGAAGUAGGGGAUUUACAUUUAGUUUCAUGACACAUCAGUGAACAUUGCUUAUAAAUCUCUUUUUAGUUCUAAAGAAGUUUUUUUUUUUUUUUUUUUUAAACCAUAUUCAUAAUAACGGUAUCGAAGAAGAAACAAAAUAUAUCACUGCAGUAUCUCCUAUAGGUCUAGGACUCUUACGUUCACAUUUAUUUGUCAGACGAUUUUAACCAGGCUAAGACAAAGUGGUCCAAUGUCAUUCAGGUCCUCAUUGAAAUGCAUAUCUGUACAUUUAUGUGCAUAGAACUGUCCAGAUUAGAAAUGUGUGAACUCAUGUGUGAGGUAUUUUUUUAUCCUCAAUCGUUUAUUGAGUACAAUUUUCUGAACUCAAACACUGGAUCAGUCGGCCCAAAAUAAGGCUAACAGUGUGUUUGUGUGUGUGUGCUUUAGUUCCUUAGAAGGCCAGGUACUACAGAUUUUAAAACACUGAACACAGACUACAUGCUGAUUUCAUGUGCUGAAUCAUAUUUUAUUUUAUUUCUUAACAUUUUCCGUAGUUGUUCUUAGACUUCUACAGGUGUUUAAACUAGUAGCCACAUUUUUAUAACAAGUAGAUUUGCAUGAAGCUCAGUUCCUCAACCAUCCUGUAUUGUGUGUAUUGUGUUUGUUAAAGAAAAAUGUAUUUUUUGUACCCAUUAAUAUUUUUUUUUUGGUAUUUUUGUCAUACGCAAAACAUGCACACUAAAAUCUUUCUUACCCAUCUAGGCACUGUGUAGUGAGUGGAAAUUUAGGUUCUCAGAUAACAAUAAAUUCAUUUCUUUUCCCAGA